GGCCCCGUUGCCAUGGCGGCUGUGGCGUCGGAAGGGCGGGGGGAGCAUGGCUGCGCUGGUUCGGCUGGAAACGAGGCUCUCGCGGCUGCGGGAGGAGUAUUUCCUCAAGAACAGAUCUGUGGAUGAAGACAGAAAAAUAGUGUACAAAGCUGCUGUCAAAAUUCAGAGCUGGUUUCGAGGAUGCAGAGUCCGAGCCUAUCUCAGAUAUCUGAACAAAAUGGCGAUUUCUAUACAGAAAUGGUGGAGAGGCUAUCAAAGCAGAAGAUACUUCAGAAAAAUGAUUAAGACAGCAUAUUUUAUUAUGAAGAUGAAUUUCUACAAUGAAAUGGCUGUCAGGAUUCAGAAAAGAUGGAGAGGAUAUUAUGUCCGAAAAUAUACCCAUAAUUACUAUGCACUGAAGAAGUACCUGGAAGCCAUUUCUCUGAAUAAUGAGAUUGUCAGGAACGAACUCCAAGAGUAUGCAGAAAUGAAUGAAAAAAAAAAGAAGAAGAAAGACCUAGAAAAGAAAGAAAAGGAAAAGAAAUACAAAGCCCGAAAGAUGCAUUACCUCCUUAGCACUGAGCAGAUUGCAGGCAUAUACAACUCGCCAUUCAGAAAAUUCCCAGAUCCAAUGGAACUGCUGCUCCGGCAGUCAAAGCCAUUGAGCCACAGGCAGCAGCAACCGAAGAGUCCCUUCACAUAUGAUCUGUAUGACUGGCCAACUUGUAAAAGACCUCCAGCUUUCCCCACAGGAGAGCCCCUGCCACCUAUUGGCAGACAGAAACCUCAGGGGCCUUUCCGUGAUGCCGCUGAAGUAUUGCGGCAACGCUACAAGCCUUUGGAACCAACCUUACGAGUGGCAGCAUCAAUCAGUUCACCACUAGAGAAGGCCAGAGAGGAAAUGAAAAGGGAGGAAUGGAGAAAAUGUAUACAUGACAAUGAAUUUUUGCCAUUUUCUUCGUAUCAUAAAAAUGAGAAAUAUGAGCUGUCAAUUCAUGCAUCAGAAAAAAUUGGCAAAGAAACUUAUGGAAUUAAGCAUUUCCGAGAAGUACAGCCUAAUAAGUGGAUAGCAGGCAAGGACUUUCAAACUGUGUUACCAUCGAUUGUUCUCUUCGAGAAGUUUGGAAAAACUUACUCAAAAGCUGGGCAAAUAGUGUAAUCAUUCUGUAAACUAUGCAAUAUAUAUCUGCUUCAUCAUUGUUCUUCAUCAUUUUCUCUGUUAAUCUACAUCCUUUUUGAAAUACAUCUUUUCAGAGGGACAGUGGAAGUAGGUAGGCUAUUUAAAUGUAAGAUGCUAUUUUAAAUCUUCUAAGUCCUGUGUGGGUGAUAUAACUUUACUGCUGAAAAAUGAAAGUUCUAUCAGUUCCAUAUAUACCUUAUUAUUGAAUUACUUUUUCUAUAUCUACUUAAUUUUCUUUGUCAAUAUCUAUGUAUUUAGUCUCGGUCCUGUGUUAAGCAGCCUUUUACACAGGAACAUAUUCAUGUGAUGCUUAUCAAAGAACAUACCUGAUCACACAAAUCUGGAAUUAGAUUGCUAUGUUUUCUAGCACGCAGUUCAACUGCAAAAUGUUGAAUAGCUUCAAAGCUCAUUAAUUUCAAAAGACUCCAAGAAGUUCAGCAUUUUGUGAGGACCAAAAAAUAAAUCAGUCCUUCAAAUGACAUAAGUGAAUUUUUACAGGAGUUUUCUGCUACCACACUCUCUCUUCAGUUCAUUUGAAUGUAUUUGAAUCAAGUAGUAAUUUAUCAGAUAGUAUUUGGUUAUAGUGUUUGAAUCAGAUAUUCAGUGAUAGGCUUUUUAUUACUGAAUUUCGUUCUAUUAUUUUCUUGUCCUCUCCAAGUGUUCGGGAAAACUCUAUAGGAUGUAGGCAUAUGUAAACAUGUCUGAGCACUUUCUGAAGUAGGAUUCACAAAUUUCACUUCCAUAGGUUUUCAGCUGUUUGCCACUGUGGAAAAGUUCUAGAGCUGCACAAGAGUGAAAGCUCUUUCAGUUCCAUUGCAGUAGGUUAUGAGUUUAAGUAUUGGCUGUAGUGUUGCUACGUUUUGGAAUUUGUGAUUUUAAUGGUUUGAAAACUUUAUUAUUCUACAUGGAAAUGAAAAAUUCAUUCUGAAAAGUGAGAAGGAGGCACCUCAAUGGAUGAGUCUCCCCAUUAAGAUUUAAUCUCAUCAAAUGUAUUCAGAGUGCUUUAGUUGUUUGUGGAGGGGUUUGAGCAUGAUACACUUGUGCAAAACUGUUGAUGAAUAAAGAUGCCACAGUAAUUUUUAGAUGUGAAAGCUAUCUAUUUGAUUGCUUCAGCUUUAAGGUAGUUCAUCACUUCAGAGAAAUUCACCCUGUGUUGCCUCUUUAACUCCAUACCACAGUUUCCCAUCAGUUCGAUUAGAAAUGGCAAUGCCUUUAUCAGAUUAGGCUUUCUUUCUCUUUCUUCCCUUCAGUAUCUCUGACCCCAGAACAAAACAAAGCUUGCCAUGCAAACUGGCACUGGAAUAGCAGUAGUGCUCCAUAGCAGAGUCCGCAGCACAGAUGAAGGUUGAAACCUUCUUGUUUAUUUUAAUUGUUUGACUAAUAAUAUAUAUAUAUAUAUAAAUAACCCAAGAAGUAUACAUGCAUAAAUAUAUUUAUUUGCCUCCUCUUAACAAGCAAUGAAACAAGUGAAAAAAAGAAACAACAAAAAAUGCAAAAAAAACCCACUGUUUCUCAUCAACUAGGUCCUUCCCACAAGCCCCUUUACACUGUUUACUUUAAUUGAUCAGUAUUUCUCCUUUCUUCUCUCCCUCCCUCCUUCCCUCUCUGCUUUCCUUCCUUCUCUCCCUCCCUUCCUUCCUUCCUCCCUCUGUUACUGAAUAGUGUGUACUUCAGAGGAGAUUCUUCUGUUUUAUAGGGGGUGUUGCAACCUAUUCUCAAUGUUCAGUCUUAGAAACAUAGGAUGGGUAUGGAUAGAGGCACAGGGAAAGGAACACUGAAAAUCUGAAGUGAACUAAAGAAUCUGAAAGAUGUAUAGUUCCCUAGAAGUCUAGUAGGAUAUGAUAAUUGACAGAUUACUCACAGCAGUAUCCAAAACUCAAAAGAAUCACUGCAAUGCCAGAGAAGUAGAUGAGUGUAAGUCAUAAGUCCUUAGGAAAAAAAAAAAAAGUAAUUACUCUGAUUGCCUCAUCAAAUAAAGUCAAUUUUGGUUGAAAUAAAAAUAUGAAUAAUAAAGCAUCCCUAGCUAAAAUAUAUCAAAGCAUCCUAGUAGCUGUUUUCUAGAAUUAAAAAAAGUAUCUUCAGCCUGAAGCUAGAGAUGUCUGCUUCUCAGACAUGGAAACACAAAUGUUUUGUUGUCAUUUGGACUGAUUUAAUCCACUUGCAUAGAAGAAAAAAAUACUGUUGGGCAUUUUCAUACUGCAUGGCAAAAGAAGCUUAUCAAAUACCUUCAGGAAGCAGCAGAUACUGGGAAGAACGUGUAAUACCAUUUUGGUAGCAGAAUGUUACUAUGCCACUUGUAUAACACAUAAAAAGAUCGUAACUUAAUACUUUGACACUCAGUCCUACCUGUUCACCUCAAGUACAUCAUAUAUCUUGACAGAGUCAAACAAUAAUGUUAUUUAUUCCUAUACCACAUACACUGGCCCACAUUCCAGGUGUUAAAGAUUUGAAGCAUUUAUGCUAAUAAUCUUUGGGUUUAACCACUAGUGGGGAUCUCUGCACUUAUAAAAAGGAUUCAGGCAAAGUCAUUAAAAUGGAAUAUUUUUCUGCUACAAGUUGCUCACUGGAUCUCACGUCAUGAAAUUUUCAGGGAUAUUUGAAAUGUCUGGUAACAUUUCUUCUCAAAGAAUCUAUCUGCUGUUACCCUGUGGAUUAAAGAUCUUUCAGUGGUGC